GCCGCGGAUUCGGCGUACGCUUUAAAUAUCCACCAGUUCAGUCUCACGAAAAGAUGGACGGUGGCGGAGCUUACGGUGGAGGAAAGGCUGGGGCUCCUUUCGACCCCAUCGCAUUUGUCCAAAGGCCUCAAGUGAUACUCAGAGCGUUGUGUUUGCUGUUUGCAAUAAUCGUCUUUGGAUCCAUCAGCAGCAAAGGCUACGCAUCAGAGGAUGGAAAGGAAGUUUGCCUUUAUAAUGGAGAUACAAAUGCUUGUAAUUACGGCGUGGGAAUCGGUGUUCUAGCUUUCUUGGGAAGUAUCGGAUUCCUCGCUGGAGAAUACCUCUUUGAACAAAUGUCAUCUGUCAAGACACGCAAACAUUACGUUCUUCUGGAUCUUGGAAUUUCUGGAUUUUGGGCGUUCUUGUACUUCGUUGGAUUCUGUUACCUAACCAACGCAUGGGGAAAUUCAAAAAAGCCUACGGGUGGAAUCGGUGUGAACGAUGUCCAAGCAGCUAUAGCCUUCUCUUUCUUCUCGAUAUUUUCAUGGGCUGGAUGCGCCUGGUUUGCGUUCCAAAGAUUCAAGCAAGGUACAGAUGCAGCUUUUGCUCCAAGUUACGAAGCUGAUCCAGUUGGAGGUGCGGGCUACACGAGUUACCCUGAUGCUACAGACGCAGCUUAUCAGGAACCACCUUUCAAUCAGCAGCAGCAGCAGCAACGAGGUAUGGGAGACUUCCAAGCACCUGCUUAUUAAAGUUAUUCUACGGACUUUGAGGGUUGGCUAUUAAAUGAAUAAAAGUAACUUGUGAGAAAUUAUAAUCUGUUUGAAGAUUCUAAUUCUUCUCAGCGACACCUUGACGAAUUCAUCACAUUGUCACCCGCCAAAUUAUCCAUAGGUGAAUUCAUAGAACUCUAUUGUAGUACUUGUGCUAUAAAUUAUUCAUGUUUUCAAAAUUUGGUACAUCUAUAUACCAAAAAUUAUCAAAUUCUAUUUAUCAUCAGACAAAUAUUUUCUGAGAUCAUAUUAAUCAUUGGUAUUCUCGUAUGUAUUGUCGGAGGUUGGGACCUUUCCUUGAGAAUAAUAAUGCCGGUAAUAAAUCCUAGAAGAAUUACAUCAUUCUGUUGUUCAAACAAAUUAAAAUAAAAGUCGUGAAAAACACGCGUCGGAUAGUAGUCUUUACAAUAUAAAGACAGGACUACGCUUUUUCUUGAUAGCCUGCUCUGCCGAAGUUUAUGAAAUAGGAUAAGUUUAAGAGAAAGGUGGAGGGGGUGAUGAGGAAGAGUUAUUUGUUGAUAUGUGGUUAACUGUUGACCACUUGUACUUAAGUUAUUGUGCGCUAUUCAAUAUGAAAUAAACAAAUAUUUAAUAUAUACAAAUAUUAAGCCGACUAAAUCAUCAUGAAGGCAAACCUAUACGACCAUUUCUCGACUAUGCAACAAUAAAUGAUUAGCAAAAAAAUAAAGAAGAAAAUUAAAAGCAUAAAACGAAGAUGAAUAGUAUCUUAUGAUUAAUAAGUUAGUACAUACUGGCUAUAUACUACAAUAUAUUUUAAUGUUGUGACGUGUUCAUAGUGACCACAACUUGCAUUAUUAUCUAUAUCAUAAGGUAAUUAAUGUAAAGAUGAAGUAAGAUUAGUUUAGUUUCGUUUCGUUUUCUUUUUGUUUAUUUUAAUACCUAUUGUAUCAUCUUGCUUCAAUGACAUACUGCAAUAGUGUAUCGGGGCUUGAGAAUAAGUCAGCUAUCACAUUGACGAAUGUAUUAUGGUCAACAUGAGCUAAUUAAUCCAAGUUUUGAGGAUCCGGAAAUACUCAGCCAUUGAUAAUUAUACAGGUAUACUCGCGGUUGAUUUAAAUGCUUACUUUUCUACUUAAUACACUUAUUACUUAUACAGUCAGUAAAGAAUCUCAUUGACCUGUUGAAGUUAUAAUCAGUCGAGGGAAAGUCCAAAGCGGCAAAUACUACCUUUAUUGUCGAUCUCUUAUUCUCAAACCCUCCAAUGUAUUUGGAAACAUCAAAUAGCUUUAAAUUUCUUGGCUGAUACAAAAGUUGUUAGAUAUUACAUUGAUAUGAAUAGGCUUAUAAUUUAACUCACAUGUUUCCAAGCAUUCAUACAUACCACACGUAUAGCGAAACGUGAAAAAAAAUUAACUGUAGAAUAAAACGAAUAUACUAGCGGAACUAACUAUAGAACAUGUAUUAAAAAUAAUAAUAUGAGUAACAGUUAUUAUUAGUAAUAAUCGUCUUGCAUUUAAAUGUAGUGGUGUUGAGGGUGCUCGUGCACAGAGAUCUCAGUGUUUAGAUGAAGCUCUAGUCAAGAAUAUUCUAUUCUGACCAAAAAACCGUAUUCCGAAUAAUUUCUGUGCAACAAACCAAACGUUUACUUGCUUGAUUUUAGCCAAAGUUUAUCGUGAAAGGAGGAAUAAAUAGCAUGAAAAAGUUUUCUCAAGAUGUGAUAAAAUAAUAAAUUGCGAGAAAUCAUACUAGUGAACUUAAGAGAGAAAUAGAGAAAUAGAAACUGUUGGUCUAUGAAAUUUACCUCAUUUGUUAGUAUUAUUAUUAAGUACCAAUCAACACACCGAGCAAGGGUAUAUAGGAAGUUUUCGUUAUAUUUCGUAUGUAAUGAUUUUUAUUAUUGCUAUUUAAAACUCGAUUUGUGUACUAUUUACAUUGUUUAUAGUAACUGUUUAAUUCCUAUAUUAUAAGUAUAUGGUUAAAACUAAAUUAGAUGAGCACGCAAGCUGCCAUAUUAUUACAAAAGUACAUGAAGCAAUACCACAGUGCGUGCACCUAAUACAUUUUUUGUACAAAAGAUCAACUAAAAACAAGAACGACAAAAGCGCUGAAUGUAUUUAAUCCUCGAUUGAUUCAAUUUAUUCGUUCGCAAUACCUACCCAAAUGCGUAUUUAGUUGAAAAAAAAUUAUGAUAUUCUGUACGUAUUUAUUAUAAG